CUCUGACAAUAUUUAGUUAUUACCGUGAGUAAAUAAGCCAACAUGUUGUGUCAUUGCGUUUUUCUUUUAUAAUGCCGUACAUAUAACGUCAAAUAGAGGGUGUGCACAAAAGUAACUCGCAGAAUGAUCAUUUUAAAAUCUCGCGCGGUUUACUGUGUUGUAGCUCGGGCCAGUGGCGCAAUGGAUAACGCGUCUGACUACGGAUCAGAAGAUUCUAGGUUCGACUCCUGGCUGGCUCGAUAACUUUUGUUUUUCAAAUGCCGCCUGUAAAUCGAGGUUAUUCUUGGUAGGGUAGCCAAUCACGUUUCCGUCUGCUACCACAACUCUACCACUGUUUGUAAGCUAUGGCCAAUGAGCGCUCGUAUCGCCACCAAGAUUUCCCCCAACAACUACCAAGAAAUGACCAAUCAGUGUCUCCCAGUGCCCGGACCAACGAUGGAAACUUGCUUCAGGAGAUGGGUUGAAGCCUAAACCUUACAGACACAAUUGAAGCAACAAAGGUGAAGGAUAUCAACAAAGUAAAGCCAUGGAUGCCACCCAUGUCCCCAGAGGGAGUUCUGGACAAGGCCAGAAAAGCUUUAAUUCAGCACCAUGGAGAUCCAGCAAACAGAAAACCCCUGCUGGGUUUCUUCGAAAUCCAGUUUGGUGUGUUUCACGGGCAGACAUUCAGCUGGGUGGCUGAAAAUGCCCUGGGGGUAUCUGCUUACUGGGGGCAGCUAUGAAGAGGGACCCCACAGGAGGCAGUGAAGACACACAAGACCAUGCCCACAACAAGAUGUGUUUCAGGCAGUAUAUUGAGCUCUUUCCAUCUGGCAGAAUUGCCAUUGCCAUGAAGGAAGAGCAGUAUGCUGGGAAAACUCCCCAGCACACUGCGACCACCCAGCACACUUCCCUUCCUCUCUCAGCUCCCUCAUGGUUAGGAAGUUGCAUAACCAGAAAAGCCUGACCAAGACUGUAAAAAGGCUGGUUUCCCCCCUCAAAGCCGAAUGUUCUUUGACCCAGGCAUGCGCAUAGCCGUUACCCACCCUCAUCCACCUGACUGUUUCCACUGAGCUGGAUGACAGCACACUGCUGGCAGAGGCAACUACUGCUGAGGUCUGCUUGCAGAAGACAGUCCACUUCCUGACAGACUGCAAGAGGACUGCCAGUGCUGUCAACUUGGGCCUGAUCCUGCCUGUGACAUUUGAACCUGCAUCAUCCAUACAUCUGUCCUCAAGCACCGGUGGCUGAUGCAGGUUUAUGCCCAGGAUGUCCUGUAAAGGCUGGAUGAGAUCAAAGCCACUUUCACCGUGCAAUAUGGUCAGAUCUUAAGAUUGAUUCUAUGAAAAAGGUGGCCUGAAAGCUUGCAGGACACAGCUAUGGCACCGAGGCAGCCAAUGUUGGUAAUGACCAUGGACAGGUGAUCAUGUCCGUGCUCACAGCCAGCGAAGGUUUUGGUCUUGGAUCAAUGAUUGAAGGCCUCAUCAAGCAAUACGGAGUGGCUUUGGUGGCUCCUCCUGAGGUAGUAUAUGUCGACCGAGACUGCUUUGGCAGCACUCUUCUGAGGAGGAAGUUUGACAAGUGGGAGCUAAUGACCAUCUGGUUAGACAUAUGGAACUUUAUGCGGAGGUUUGCUGUGGGUUGCAGCACUGACUCGCCAGUUGUAUGCCACAUUCAUGGGUUGCGUCAGCCACUUUAUUUUCAUGUGGGACUAGGACAACCUGACAGCCCUGAAGGAGGCGAAGUGUGCAGAGCUGGAAGCUGACCAGAUACAACCAUCCGAGGCUGAUAUGCUGUGUUGUAUCAGCCGAAGCGAGCUACCCCUGCAUUGCAGGAGAACCACCCACGGGACCAAUGACCAAGGAGACCAAGGCUCUGAUUGAGAGCCAUAUCCAGGCCUUUGAAGGAGACGCAGGUCGUGACACUUUUGGAGUCGCACUAAUCAACUUGGCCCAGAUGAGCGAGAUCCAAAUGUCCCAUGGGAAGCAUGUGGCCUGCAUCAAGGAUCCUCCAGGUGCGCAGCUCUACACACAGACAGGAACUGUAGUGAAGGGAGGGCACUGUCUGCUAACCCACCGCUGUGCCAGAGGUUCCACGUCGUUCAAGUCAUUUCACCUGUUUUGAUUUAUUCUUCAUCAUCUUAUUAUUAUUAUUAUUAUUAUUAUUAUUAUUAUUAUGGUGGAAUAAAAGAAAAUAUCUGUCAAAAUGAACCACCAAAAUUGCUUAAGACUAAUGCAUGUCAUUCUCUCAAGUGACAAAAGAACAAAUGUAAUGUGCUACCUGUGCUGUAAAGGUGCUUAGAAUAAAGAAGCUCAUUAUUCAAGUGGGAAAAAAGCUGUCAUAAACAUGACAAAACAAACUGCAGUCUUUGUAAUCACGUUAACAGUAUGUUGUGGUUGUGUAUUCCUGGCUGAUCUUUAAUUUAAAGCACAUACUGCUAGAAUUGCAUUUGUACAGUUGUACAUCUUGCAGUCCCUUGGAUAGAUAUUCCCCAACAUGGCUGGAUUACCAGCUGGUUAAAGUGGGAAACUGCCCUGGGGCCCCAGACCCCAGAGGGCCCCUGAAGUCCCAUGUUUAAUACAUAUCAAUUGGUGUUGGUCAUUUGUAAAUUUGUCAAGGAAUCUGCACCAUAUUAACUAAAUUGGGGUCUGCGUUAUUGGUUUUGUGGAUGCAUUGUCAGAUUAUGUCAAAAUCUUGUGAAAAGCUUCAUUAUUUUAAUUUAUACCAUGCUUACAUGGUAAAUAUUCCUAAAUAAAGUUAAGUUGAAUGAAAUCACCACAAACUGACAUAAGUAUUAUUCCAGCACAGGAGCACUGUUGAAAACUGGAUGUGGGAGGUGACAGGGUAGGCUGUAGGACACAUUACAUAGAGGGCCACUACAUUUAUUUAUUCCACUACAUUUAUCUGACAGCUACAGGUAGGUGCAAAGAUUAACAUUAUACCAACAAAACAUAUGAUCAGCUUAUAAAAAAUUAUAACGUUUUUACAGACUGACACACCCAACAGAAUAUGAUAGAUAUAUUGACUGUAAACAGCCCCAGCUCAGCGGGAUAACAGUUUUGUAGUUUUAAUAGUUUACUCAAAUUUUAUCACAUGUCCCUUGCAGCCUGUGUGCUAUUGGCAUUUUGCCGGAAAACUGGAUUCUGCAGGAGGCAAAAGAUAAAGACUAUGAUACUAUUGUAAUAAACUGUUUGUAAUAAGACAGCACAGACUUAUUGUCUUGCAUGAUGUCUAGUAUGGGCUGAUCCUCUUUAUGAACCUGCAACACAUACCGCCCUUUGUAGGAGGGGUAGAAGAGAGAAGGGUGGUUAUUACGCUCUGUACGUGCACAGAUGUGACGUUGGGAGAAAUGUUUCUGCCCAUGCUCACAGGACAGGAGAUCAGGCAGUCUGCAGCUGAUAGACUUCUUGUAGUGAUGUAAUGCUGCCUGUUUAGUGACUACGGAUGGCUGUUUGUGCCAGGCUCUGCGGAGUGGGUCAGUCGCGGAGGUGCCGGAGGCGACAGCGGCAUAACCAGCAGGAUCAGGGGAGCGAUUCCGACAUGGACGAGGAGGAAGAGGAGCGGAUCGUGGGUCAGAGGCAAGGCGACGUCGUCGUCGGCGGCGGCGGCGGCUGCGGCGCAGGAGGCCCGGAGAGCGGCGUCGCCACUGCAGGGCCCAGUGACGCUUGUGAAUAUGGCAGCGGUCGUGUCAACAGAGGAGGCUUUCGCACCAGCACGGGACCUCCACACCCGCAAUCAUUAAAGGAAUUACCGCCGGAGCUUCUGGUGGAAAUCUUCUCUUUGCUUCCCGGAACAGCAUUACCAAAUGUCGCCCUCGUCUGCAAAAAAUUCAGACAAAUCCUUAACACUGAAACCAUCUGGAGGAGGCGGUGCAUUGAAGAGUUUGGCAUGCAGCAAGAUCUUAGGAAGAUGGAAGUAGGAGGAGUAUCUAGCCGGGACCUCUAUGUGAAACGUGUCAACCCACGGGUGAAGUCUGGGCGCUUUAUGAAGCUCCUUCCGGAUUACGAGCACAUGGACUAUAGAGACGUGUACACACACUUGCUUCAUCCAUACAGACAUAUCUUGGGCCUAUGGCAGCCUGACAUAGGCCCUUACGGCGGCUUGCUCAACGUUGUGGUGGAUGGGCUCUUCAUCAUUGGCUGGAUGUAUUUGCCGCCUCAUGACCCUCGUGUGGAGGAUCCAAUGAGAAGACGGCCGCUCUUCCGUAUCCACAUGUGGGAGAGCAACAAGGCCACUGUGGAGUGUAUGUAUGGACACAAGGGUCCCCACAAAGGAGACAUACAGACUGUGAAGAAGGAUGAAUUCUCAACAAAAUGUAACCAGACUGAUCAUCACCGCAUGCCAGGAGGCAGACAGGAGGAGUUCAGGACAUGGUUAGAGGAAGAAUGGGGCCGGACACUAGAAGAAAUCUUCCAUGAGCACAUGCAGGAGCUCAUCUUGAUGAAGUUCAUUUAUACUAGCCAAUAUGAUAACUGUUUGACAUACCGGCGGAUCUAUCUGCCUCCUACAAUGCCCUCUGACCUGCUGCAGCCAGGCCUCUUCAAAGGAACCUAUGGCAGUCACGGUUUGGAGAUUGUCAUGCUCAGUUUCCACGGGACUUCUGCAAGAGCCACCAAGCUCACUGGAGACCCCAACGUUCCUGCUGGGCAGCUCACUCUGGAUGUUGACCUAAGUCGGCCUUUGGUCCUCCCAGACUUGGAGCACCAGCGCAACAUAGAGGAGCUGUCGCGGCUGGUUUUAGGAGUACAUGAAGAAGUGCAGAGGGAGGCGGAACAACAGGCCAAAGACUCUUCUGCCACAGUGAGAGGCACCGCAGAGGGGGCCUGUGAUGGUGCUAGCGGAGCAGAAGGGACGGAGGCAGACCAAGGUGCCUGUUCAGACAGCUGCCAGCCAGGUCCCAGCAGCAGCACCCAUCCUCCUGAAGCCCAGCCCUUCACUCUGCCCCUAGGGGUUAUGGCUCGCAAUGAGGUGUAUCCUCGCACCUGCAGGAAAUGCUUCUAUGGGACAGGCCUGAUCGCUGGGCACGGCUUUACAAGUCCAGAGCGCACCCCGGGGCUCUUUGUGCUGUUCGAUGAGGACCGUUUUGGUUUCAUCUGGCUGGAGUUGAAGUCUUUCAGUCUGUACAGUCGCCUGACGGACCACCUAGCCCAUGCUCAUGCCCCAAACAUGGAGCGAUUUGAGGCCAUGCUACGCAACAUGCAGUCCUGGACAUCCUGAUGCACCAAGCUUUAAGUCUCCUCCCACAAUGCAAUGCAUAAUAACAUACAUCAUACACAUAUCACCUCUGUCCUCCCUUGACAACGUUACUAUCAUGUUAGCUCGUUUUAUUGUCUAAUAAAGCUAGUUAUAUCACCCUGACCCAGCACACUCGCACUCCCGUUCCCAUACACAAGCACUUUGAAAGGCCUCCCGAGUCACCGUUUAUCACCUCACCUCAGUAUGACCUUAAUCCUCCAGUGCAGCAUGAUAGCAGGUCAUAUUUUUUAAUUUAUUUAUUUAUUCCCCACCCCCCCACCCCAGGAGAAAAGGAAUGAUAUUUCAUACCACUUAUUAUGGAUCAAACUGUAUGUGCCUCUGAUUCUAAAACCAUGUCUGUACUUGAUACUGCUUGAAGAAGAUAAAUGUGUCCAACGUAUUCUACUCCAUAGUAUUAUACUGAUUUCGGUGCCCGACAUGUUGAACUGCAUGCUGCGUUUUAAUUUAGAUCUAAUGGCAUCACACUCAUAACCAUUUCUGAACAUGAUGAGUUUUUCUGAAGCAGCAUGUCUUGCUUUUUAGUUAAUUGCUUUAGAGACAUAAGAAUUU